CGCACAGCACGCAUCUGUGGAUAUCCCCCCUUUCGCUUUGCAUUUACAUCUGGUGAAAGAGAGGAAAGGGCAGAGAAGGAGAGCAGGAUUGUGAAAUGGGAGCUGCGACAUCAUCCGCUCGCCGGGACAGCAGAGGUGAGGAGGACGCGGCCGCGGAGGAGCUCACUGCAGCUGGGAGCGAUGCUCCGGAAGACGGCGGUGCUGCGGAUGACAAGCUGCUACAGACAAAUGGACAGAUCUCCAAUCUGAAUGCAAAGACAAAGGACCCUGCAGAUGAAUUAAAUUGCCAAUUUGAGGACAGAGUACUUGCAGAUGUCAGCUCUGGGUUUGUCACAUUAAAAGAAGAUGGCACAGAAACCCUCGAAGACCUACAGAAUUUGGAUUCUCUUCAACCGAACACUAAGAAUGAGAGCAGUGAGAUGGUCAAUGCUGGUGUGAAUUUGAAAGAAGAAACUGAGGUGGACAACCAGGUGAAUGAUAUCAAUGAGGUUGGCUUCAAAAGAAUCUUCCGAUUUGUUGGAUUUAAGUUGACCCUAAAAAAAGACACAUGUGAAAAGACUCAAGCAAAUGAGCAAAAAGAGACUGAAGAGAAUGAGCUAAAAGAAGCUGAUGCCUCAGAGGAUGCCAAAGAUGAGGAUAGUGAUGUGGCUGCAAUUAAAAUCACACCUGAUGAGACUCAUAAAAUUGAGGUGUCUUCUGAUGCAGCAGAACCUCCUUCUCAACAAACAGACAAUGAAACAGAGCCAGAUCAGGACAUAAAGAUAGUGGACUUUCAUGUGGUGGACACACCAGGUAAAGAAAUGGAGAAAGAGUCAAGCCUUGAGCCAGAGGAACCAAUGUCCCCAAUCAAGCAAUUCUUUACACAGGGAAUCUUUGCCAGUUUAAGAAAGAAAAAGAAAGAAGAGGAAAUACAAAAAGAGAGUAAGGAAGAGGAACUCAAAGAAAAUGAAAAGAAAAUUGCUGAAGAGGAGACUGAAAAACAGGACAGUAAAUGCAUGUGCCUUGAUAUCCCUUAUAUUAUAUCAGAGGAAGGCAAAGAUUCACAGGAGAAAGGCGAUGACAGUUUGUUACCAGAAGGAGAGCUUCAGAAUUCUUUAGAGAAAGAUAGGGUACAAGGAAGCCCACUUAAAAGACUUUUCCGGAAAUUUUCCUCAAGAAGGCAAAGAGAAGGUAAAGCUGUGGAAAAGGUGGUUGAGGUUGAGGAACAAGUCUCUGAACAGCCAAAACCAUCCUCAGAAGUCACAGAGCUUGGGAAAGCAGAGGAACCAUUAAUUGGGGAACCAAUAAUUGAAGAACCAACAGUCAGGGAACCAAAACCUGCUGAUGAGGAACCGGUAGGUGAUGUAGGCCCUCAGGAGUCCAAAAAGAAAUCUGACACCACUGUUUCCUGGGAGGCACUGAUUUGUGGUGGCUCUGCUAAAAAAAGGGCUAGAAAAACAAAUGAGAAUGAAAUGACAGGACAGGAACAAGAGAAAGUGACAGAUUCUCCACUGGGAAGUUCCAUUGAGGGUGAUUAUGAUCAUCUGACAUCAUCGAAUGAACAAACCGGAAGUCCUGCAGAAGGGGAGGUGGGAUCCACAUGGAAAACGUUUAAAAAAAUGGUCACCCCAAAGCGGAAGGUUAGACCCGGUGAAAGUAGUACACCUGAGCAGAUACCUUCUGAUGGGGAAAUGAGCAAAGAUGAAUUAUUUUCUAUGAAGAAACUUAUUCCUGGUCAUAAAAAGAGAAAAUCGGAGGCAAGACAAGACCAGACAUCCUCUGAUGAGGCUGCUAAGGAUCAUGAAUCAGAUGAUGAAGAUGAUGAAACACCAGCUAUUAUUCCAUUGUCUGAGUAUGAAGUGAUUGAACCUGAAACUUUGAAGGAGAUGAAUGAGCAACGAGUUGAAAUCACAAUAGAGCAUGAGAUGCCAGAAAUCCCCUCACAGGCAUUAGAAAAGGACACAUUCAAGGUUGUAGCUAAAGUUUCAAGUAACACUGCACCAGCAAUUAUACAAUCCCUCUCAGAGGACUUUGAAGAACUGACAGACUUUUUGAGCAAACAUCAACAACUGAGUGAUAUACCAGAGGAAGGCAUCAUUGAGGAAAGCAUUGAAACACCAGUAUCAUCUGCUGAGUGGACAACACAAGAUGACACCUUAGCUGAGGACAUUGUGGAGUUGACAGCUGAUGCAGUUACUGCCCCCGAACCAGAAAGUUUUUUUGGGGAUGACACGACUGAAAUGGUUUCAGCUCUUUCACAGCUAACUGAAUCACCAAGGUCAUCUGGACAUGUUACACCAAUGUCGGCUGAAUAUGAUGUACAAACAUCAGAUGCAAUUCUACAUGAAGCUAUUCAAUCCAUUUGUAUGACUCCAAGUGUUCAAUCGGUAACUACAAAGGAUGAAAGUAAAAAAACUCUGGCUGUGUCAUUUUCACCUUAUAUUGUACAGUCAUCCACACCAGAGGAAACAAAGGUUUUGGUUGCACAUAAGAAAACUGAGGCAACAGCAAUAUGCAUAGGCCUAGUAUCUCAAGAAAUUGAGUCUGUUGAAAAACAUCUCCCUGCACCCUUGGUGGAGGCAAUACUUGAGGUCUGUGAUACUGUCCCAACUGAAUUAGCCUCUGAUAACUUUACAGAUGAACUUGAAGUUGCGAGAUUUGGGACAGAUGAGGUCUAUGAAGCUGAAAUCAAGAAUGUGAAGACUGAGUUUCAGGAAAUGAUUGUGAAUGAAAAAGAAUCUACUACUGAAAGUGAACAAGACAGGGUGCAAGUAAUUCAGUUAGUCACAGAGCCUCUUGUGGAUGAAUCAGAGGAGACUCAUAUACAGGACAAAAAAGAGGAAAGUACAACUGGUAUUGAACUUAGACGAGAUAUUGACACAAAGCAAAGUGAAUCUGGCCUGGAUCAGGUUAUGUCAGAUAACACCCAUGGUCCUGAAAUGGAGUGUCCAUCUUGUUCAGCAGAUGAAUUUGAAUGUAAUCAACUAGCAGCUGCUGAAGCUACACUGGAUACACUUUCUCAGGUAGUUGAACAAGAAACUGUAAACAAAAUUCUUGAUAUUACCAAAGCCACAGAUGCCCCUGUAGAAGACACUGCCUCAGCAGUUGAGUGCCCGGAAAUCAAAGAGAAUGUUAAUAUUAUUAGCCCAAUUACAGAUCAAGUACAAGUAGAGACAAUUGUGUUAGAAGACAGUUUACAAAUAAAAGAUGUUCCAUCAAUACAAGCUGAUGUAAAAGAUGCUGAUUUAUCAGUAGACAAUUCAGGUGACAUGUCUAUCAAGGACAUCGGUGAGAAAAUGGAAGCAAGUGGUGACGAAAAAAUUACACAGCAGGAGAUUAAGGAAGAUCAUUUAGAAGAAGAGACUGGGGAUGUUGUUUCUUCAGAAGUUGUUCAAAAUGUUAAGACUGAAAAUAUAUCAGAAUCUAUAGAUGAUUUAUUAGUGAAAGAACAGUUGCCAGCCGAGAAGGCACUCACAGAACCUGUAUCCGAGAAGGUUGAAGAGGCCCAUAAAGAAGUUACUGAUACAGAUGUGGAUGACAACAAAGUGGUGGACAAUGCACAUGACAGAGCUGACAGGAUUUUUGUGAAAGAUGAACUUUCUCUAAAGAAUGGGCAACCUUUAACAGACACUGAAAGCAACGAAACAGAGUAUCAAGAUCUUUCGACCAAUUUAAACAGUAUGAGUGAAUCUCCUGACAUAGCUGUUGGAGAAACUGAAAAAGGAGAAACUGAAAAAAUAAUACCUGUUGUUUCUGAGUUUUCAAAAGAUGUACUUGAGUCCACAAAAACACCAACAGAAGGUGAAGUUAGCUGUGAAGCCAUACCAACAAUUCUAUGGACACCUUCAGCAGAGGUGGAAGUAAAAGCUGUACCAGAAGAAAUUGUGAUUUUUCAAACAGAGGAGUGUAGUCAAGACACCCAACAAAAUGAACAACUACAAACAAGUGAGAAUAACAAGACUGGCAAAGUUUUAGAGAUGGUUGCCAUUAUUGAGAAGACAACAAAACAAUUAGAGCAAGAGAAAGGUACAGUGGCCGAACCAGAAGCACAGGUACUGACAAUGUCUGAGCUACAAAAGGCAACAGAACAAGAGGGUGAUUCAUCUGAAAUUACUGUAGUUCAUGGUGUAGCAAAAGAUAGUGACCAGGCCCCAGCAGUGACAUUAACAGAUACAAUAAGAACAGAUAUUCCAGAUGAAAAUUAUAAAGAGGCUGUUGCUCCCAUACUGAAACCAGAAAGGGUUGACUCAAGGAUGACCGUGACUGAAGAGAAUAAAGCAAAUGCAGAUUCAAUGCAAAAAUGUGAACCCCUUAGACAGAUAACAGAAAUGACACUGUCAAAAGAGUUGCAGGUAGACAAGGCAGAUAAUAAAGAUGAAAUACCAGCAGUGACAGAAGUAAUUCCCAAAGAACAGGUGCCACCAUUGAGGUCUGAAGUUACAGCAGAAAUGCCAGACGUUACUGUUUCUGAAGUACAAACAAAAGUAGAGAGUGCACUCAGGGCUGCAACGCUUGAAGUGACAGAACCAAAGGUAGAAAUGCCAGUAGUAACAGAAGUUACAGUAGAGUCAGCUGUAGUAACUGAACUGGAAGUAGAGAGACCUAUAGUCACAUCAGUUGUUGCAGAACUUGAAGUAGAAACACCAGUGGUUACAUCUACUACAAAAACAACUGAUACUCACACUUCCCAAAUCAUAGAUGCUGACACAACAGAGUUGACAACAGUGAUCAAAGAACAUGUGGAGAAGCCAACUGUUAUUUCUGUGGUAGUUACACCUGCUACACCUUUAGAUGAAGUAGCACCAGUUUUAACUCAAAGCCAUGAGUCAAGGGUUUUAGAUGAAGUGAAAGACGCAAGUGUUGAACCAAGAGCAAUAGAAACACCAAAGGUUGAAUCAGUGAUUGUUAGGACUGUGGUGGCCCCAGUAGUAGAGAUACAGAAUGUGAUUCCAGUGGUAACAGCACCAAAUCUUGGCUCAAUUAUAAUGACAGAGGGUUCGUCUCCAGUAGUUGAAGCAACAGUAUUAGAAACAACAGCAGCCACAGCGGUAAAGCCAGAUGUGGUAGAGAUCCCAGUGGUACAGACACCAGAUAUAGAUUCAGUGAUAAUGUCACCAGCUAUAACAUCUGUGCCUUUAAAAGAAGUUACCCUAGAUUUGACUUCAUUUGCAGAAACACCACUGGACAAUGUUAAAGAAAUUCCUGUUGUUUCUCUCACAUCAGUAAAACCAACUAUUGCUGCAUUAAUGCAGACAACAGAUGCUGAGAUACAAGCUAGGGUUCCAAUGACAGUAACAGAGGCCGCAUGUCCUGUAGUAGUUACAACAGAUGUAACUCCAGUAGUGCCCGGAAGAAUUGUGAUCCCAGUAUUAGAAGCUCCCCAUGCAACUUCAUCUACAGUGGUAUUACAAACACCAACUCAAAUGUCAGUAACUGUAACAGAAGCAGAAGCUCCAAUCACAACAUCUGUAGCAGUAUCAGCUGUAAUCCCAGUAGAAGAAACAGUCAGAGUAACAGAGACUUCACCUCCAGGAGUUGUUUCAGUAACUGCAGCAGUAGAAACACCUGCCACAAUCCCAGUUGUACAAACUCCAACUGUAAAGUUAUCUUCAUUUGCAAUGGUUGAGACACCAGUUGUGACACCAGUGGUACUAAUGCCAAAACAGGUUUCAGAGAAAGCAAAGGAGACUGCACUAUCAGCAGUCAUUUCAGCAGUAGAAACACCUCCUGUGAUCCCAGCUGAAGAAUAUCCUGUUGUAAAGUUAACUCAAGUUGCAGUGGUUGAGGCACAAGCUGUCCACCCAAUGGCAGAGACACCAGGACAGGGUUUGGUCCGAGUAACAGAGGCUUCACCUCCAACAAUUGUUUCGGAUAUAACAGCAGCAGUAGAAACACCUGCCAUAAUCUCAGUUGUAGAAACUCCAGUUGUAAUGGCAACACCAGUUACAAAUUUUGAAUUACCAGUUGAGACCCCAGUGGUAGAGAUACUAGGCCUGGUUUCAGAAACAGUGAAAGAGACUGCACCUCCAACAGUGGUUUCAGCAGUAGAAACACUCCCUUUGAUUACUGUUGUACAAACUCCCACUGUAAAGUCAACUGAAGUUCCAGUGGUUGAGCCACCAGUUGUGAAAUUAGAUCAGGUUUCAUCGCUAGUAUCAGAGACUUCACCUCCAGUAGACGUUUCAGCAGUAGAAGCACCUGCCAUAAUACCAGUUGUAGAAACUCAAGUUGUAAAGUCAACUCCAGUUGCAGUGAUUGAGAUGCCAGUUGUGACCCCAGUGGUACAGAUACCAGGUGAAGUUUCAGUGAUAGUAAAAGAGACUGCACCUCCAGCAGUUGUUUCAGCAGUAGAAACAUCUGCCGUGAUGACAGUUACAGAAAAUCUAGUUUUAACUUCAACUCCUGUUUCAGUGCUUGAUGCUCCAGCUGUAACCCCAGUGGUUCAGACAUCAUGCCAGGGCUCAGCCAGAGUAAUAGAGACUUCACCUUUACCAGUUGUUUCAGGAGUAACUGCAGCAGUAGAAGCACCUAUCAUGAUCCCAGUUGUAGAAACUCCAGUUGUAAUGGAUGAGAUACCAAUUAUGACCAAAGUGAUACAGACACCAAGUCAGGAUUUACUGAUGGUAAAAGAGACUGCACCUCUGGUAAUUGUUUCAGCAGUUGAAACACGUCUAGCGAUACCAGUUGUAGAGACUCCUAUUGUAACGUCAACUCAAUUAGGAGCGGUAGAGACAACUGGUGUGCUCCCAGCAGUUCAGGCACUAGCCCAGGAUUCAGUCAGAGAAACAGAGACUUUACCUCAAGCAAUUAUUUCAGGAGUAACUGCAGCAGUAGAAGUGCCUUCCAUGAUCCCAGUUGUAGAUAUUCCAGUUGCAGUGGUUGAGAUCCCAGUUGUGCCCCCAGUGGUACAGGCACCAGGCCAAGGUUCAGUCAGAGUAUCAGAGACUUCACCUCCAUCAGUUGUUUCAGGAGUAACUGCACCAGUAGAAACCCCUGCCAUGAUCCCAGCUGUAGAAACUCUUGUUGUAAAGUCUCCAGUAGUUGCUGUGGUUGAGACACCAGUUGUGACCCCAGUGGAGCAGACAGCAGGUCAGGUUUCAGGGAUAGUAAAAGAGAUUGUACCUCCUGCAGAUGCUUCAGGAGUUACUUCAAGAGAAGAAACUCCUGCUGUAAAUUCAACUCCAGUUGCAGUGGUUCAGCCACCUGUUUUGACCCCAGUGGUAGAGAUAUCAGAGAAGGUUUCAAUGAAGGUAACAGAGACUUCACCUCCAGCAGUGGCUGAGACAUCAGUUUUGGCUGCAGUAGUAGAAACUGCAGUUGUAAAAGCAGCUCCAUCUGCAGUUACUGAGACACCAGAUUUGACCCCGGUGGUACAGAUAUCAGAACAGGUUUCAAUGAGGGUAACAGAGACUUCCUCUCCAGUGGGAGCUGAGACAACAGUUUUGACUCAAGUAGUGGAAACUUCAGUUGUAAAACCAGCUCCAGCUGCAGUUACCGAGACACCAAUUUUGACCCCAGUGGUACAGAUAUCAGAACAGGUUUCAGUGAAGGUAACAGAGACUUCACCUCCAUCAGUGACUAAGACAGCAGUUUUGACUCCAGUAGUAGAAACUCCAGUUACAAAACCAGCUGCAGUGACUGAGACACCAGUUAUGACUCCAAUGGUACAGUCACCACGUCAGGUUUUAGUGACUGUAACAGAGACUGCACUCCCAGUAUUUGCUUCAGCAGAAAAACCUGUUGUGGUCCCAGUUGAAACUCCAGUACUAAAACCAACUCUAGUAGCAGAGACCCCAGUAAUGACAACACCAAUUUUGACUUCAGUGGUAGAAAGGUCAGUUCUAAGUCUAGUACUAGAAACUACAGCACCAACUACAAUUGCAUUGACAGAGAGACCUGUUAUGAUCCCAAUGGUACAGACACCAGCUUUGGUAUCAGUGAUCGUAAAAGAGACUGCACCUCCAGUAGUUCUACCACCAGUGACCACAACAGCAGAAAUACCAGUUAAGAGUCCAGCAGUAGAAACUCUAGCAGUAAAGCCAACAUCAGCAGUGACAGAGACACCAAUUCCUGUGGUCCCUAUAACAGAAUCACCUGUUGUGACCCCAGUUGGAGAGCAAGUAGCACAGACACCAACAACACCAGCCACAGCCUCUGUAAAAACACCACCAAUUGGGACUGUGAUGGAGACACCAGCUGUAGUUUCAGAAGAAAAGGCAAAGCAGCAAACAGAGGUAGCAGAGGCACUUACUUUAGCCCCAGUUGUAGAGGCACCAGCUACACCUCAACCUGUUGUGACACCAGAUGUAAAGGAAGCAAUAGUGCAAGUAGUUGCAGAGGACAUAAAGAAAGCAAACACAGAGCCUUCUGUUGUAUUUGAAGAUGCUGUACAACAACACGAGGUAAAAACAUCAAUUCAAAAAAAUCCUAAAGGUCCCAUGCCACACGAGGCUGUAGUUACUUCAACAGAACCUCAGCCAGAGAUAGAGGAGGAUGUCUGGGAGGAUGCUGUAGAUAACAUUGGAGACUCCCCCUGUCAGUUGACACACACAGAGGAUGAACCCCAAGAUACUGCUGCUAAACAAGCAUCCGAAGCUGUAAUUUGAUAGUGGCAUGCUAAACCACAAACAGGAUUUUGUUAAUCCAAGUUUAACAACAAAAGAUAAGAACUUUCACAUCUGGAAGAAGCCAUGUGCAGCACAAAAUCAGCCGGGACUCACAUUUCUAUACAACAAAGAAAUGACCACACCACUGAGAAGUAAAAUUGCUUCAAAACAUCAAUUUCCUUGACGUUCUUUGAUCAAGCAUUACAUUUUACUUUGACAAAGAAAAUAAUGCAGUAUUUAAAACCAUAAAAAGCAGCUAUUUUAUCAUAUUUAUACUAAGGAUAUUUAUCAAUGGGCUUAUUAUUUUUAUCCUGACUCUGAUGUUAGCUUAUCCCACAUUAAGCUGUUACGUAACUAAAACAAAAAGUUUGGUUAUAAUAUAAAAGUAUUUGUACGCAUUAUAUCCUAUAGAUUUGACAGUUUGGCAUGUAUAGUAAAACAAGUGUCAUUGCUGAAGGCAAUUACGAUGCCUGGUAUUUUAAGAAAUGUACUAAUUAAAUAAAUAAGGAGGUAUAUUUAUUUUAAACCAUCAUAUGCCUUUUGAUAAACCUCUUUCUUCUAUACUCUAAACAGUAAUUUACAGUUUACCAAAGUAAAAAACCCCAAUCAUGCUUCAUUAAGAGAGAUGUAAAUGGUGUUCAGUAAGAUUAAAUCACUUAAUUUGUAACUAAAAUUAAAUUUUGAGCAAUCAAAAUCGUACAAUUUAUUUUUUAUUACACAUUGCUAUGUGUCAUUGUCACCAAUGAGGUUUAAUUUACAGUUUAAGAAAGUACUCGACUACUAUCAGCAUAAAAUAAGCAUGCAUUUUUGGAGUUAUUGGCUUGUUUUUUCACUCAGUGUUAAAAGACCUAUUACUACUGCAUAUUCACUCAAUGGUUUUACAUUUUUAAACAUUAUAUAAGCUACCAUGACCGUGUUCAAAGCAUUUGAACUGACCGAAUAAGCCAUUACUGCAUUGAAAUCAAGAUUUGUUUGAUGAAGUGUUUGAAACCACCUGUACAGAAGGUUUGAGUAUAUUAUACUAUGCAUAAUUGGAAGAAUUGCAAUAUUAACCAUCCACUAAAAUCAAUGGUCUUAAACUCAAUUCCUGGAGGGCCGCAGCUCUGCAUAGUUUAGUUCCAACCAUCUCUAACUCUAACCUGCUUAACAGGGUAUAUGGAAAAGUAUGCGGAAGGACUUAAUUUUUCAGUAACCUGGGUCAUGAGCUUCCGGUGAACUGUAUGCCUUUACAAAAUCGGUACGUUAAAGGUUUUCUUUAAAAAAUCAACCAUCUUCACUGCCUGAUUGAUAUACGAUAUAAAGGGUGUCUCCGAUUGUUCAAAAAGCACUGCAUUACAUUACUUUUUUUCCACACCAUGUAUUUAAAACAUUAACAUUUAUUUUACCCUAAUAUAUUCAAUGGUGUUUCUGCGCUAGUCUGCUGACCCUGAUGGGCAUGUGUAUUUAAAAGUCUUUUCAUCUCGCUUUAUGCUUGAACAACUGAAUCAGGGGUGUCCAAACUCGGUUUUGGAUGAACGGUGUCCUGGAGAGCUUUAGCCCUAAUCAAACACACCUGAACCAGCUAAUCAAGCUCUUACUAGAUAUUACCAGAAACUUUCUGGCAGGUGUGUUAAAACAAGUUGGAGAUAAACUUUAGGACUGAGUUUGGACACCCCUGAACGAAGGGUGUACUCACACUAUGCUAACCGAACCGUGCCUAGGCCCGUUUCCCGGAUCGUUUGAGAAGUGCGAAUGCUCUGAAUCAGGCACAGGCAAGGUUCACUUGGCCAGCCCUGGCCCGGUUGGAAGAGGUGUGCCAGAGCACGGUUCACUUGGGCUUUGGCGCAGUAUGCUUGUAGUGCGAGUGCAAAGCACGCCUGAGCCCGAAACUGAAGAUGAGACGUGCCUUUUACGGUAUUAUUUCAUAUUGAUUUAUUAAUCAUUAUUACUGUUCAAUGAAUGCAAACUGUCAUAGAUUAUUAAAGAUGCAAACCCCUCACUGCACUUUAGCAAACCUCAUAAUUCCUGCAGCACAAGGACUUUAUGAUUGUCUAUGAGCGUCAAGUGUGGCUGAUCUGUGUGGCGAAAUAUUUGACUGCGUGUCACCGCAUCCCAAAGGACUAAAACAAUAUAACUAAAUAAAUCUUCGCUAUGCUGAGCGAAAGCGCUUACUGAACAGUGCAUCAUCGAUGACGUAAGCAUGUCCAGGCCUGAAUGUAAUGUGAGUGCGGGCCGUCAAGGGAGACGGGAGGGGGGACAAGCAUGCUUUGGCCCAAGGGAACCGUACAUAGUGCGAGUAUGCCUUAAAUGAACACUGAAGUCUAUUUAACUGAUUGUAUUUUAAUUACAUUACAACAUCAAUGCUGUAAAAUGAACCUCUGUAAAAUUGAAAAAAAAAAGUCACAUUAACCAUUCACCGGAAGAGUAUCAGUAUGGGAACACUAGCUGUGCAUAUACCCUAUAGUCCAGGGGUGCCCAAACUUGAUUAGCCCAGACUAGCUAAUCAAGCUCUUCCUAGGUAUACUAGUAACUUUCAGGAAGGUGUGUUGAAAAAAGUUGGAGCUAAUCUAUGCAGGACACCAGCCCUCCAGGACCAAGUUUGGACACCCCUGCUAGUCUCUAGUAGUCUUGAUCACCUUGAUUAGUUGGAUAAGCUGUGUUUGAUUAAGGCUGGAGCAAAACUGUGCAGAGCUGCGGCUCUCCAGGAAUCUAGCUUGAGACCUAUGCACUAAAUACAGGGAUAUAGUUCCUGGAUUUUGACGCAUUUUUAAAUGUAUGUCUUAACAUGAAUUAUAUUUCAAGUUUUAUUUAAAUAAAGGAAACUUUACCCA